AAACAACUCUUGAUAAAUAAUUUUUGCUUAAUAAUCCAGUAAAAAGUUUCAAAUCAGUUUAACUUUAAAUUUUUUAUAAGCACAUAACCUCAGUUUUCUAAAAAAAUCCUCAAACAUAACCUAAAAUUGUAAAAAAAAUAUUUAAUUCAAAGAUAAUGUCAACCGAAACCGUUUUAGUAAAAAAAGAAGGCCCCAUAACAACAAUAGGAAUAAAUCGGCCAGAAAAACGCAAUUGCGUCAAUCUCGCCACUGCGGCUCUCCUGAAAAAAGCAAUUGAAUCCUUCGAAAAUGAUCCCACAUCUUACGUUGGUGUUCUUUAUGGAGUUGGAGGAAAUUUUUGCGCCGGUUACGAUCUCCAAGAAUUAUCCACAAUGGGAGAAAGCGAAGUAACGGUUUUACCUGUGGAUGGGACUGUUGGACCAACUUUACGAUUUAUCAAAAAACCUUUAAUAGCUGCUGUUAGUGGAUAUGCCGUAGCUGGGGGUUUGGAGUUAGCUAUGUUAUGUGAUAUGAGAGUUGUUGAGGAAUCGGCGAUUAUGGGGGUGUUUUGUAGGAGGUUUGGAGUGCCUUUAAUUGAUGGAGGAACCGUUCGAUUACAAGCUGCUAUUGGGUUAUCAAGAGCUUUGGAUAUGAUUUUGACAGGGAGAGGAAUUGGGGCGAAAGAAGCUUUAGAAUGGGGGUUAGCUAAUCGAAUUGUUGCUACAGGAACUGCUUAUGGUCAAGCGUUAAGUUUAGCAAACUCUUUAGUUAAAUUUCCUCAAUUUUGCAUGAACACUGAUAGAAAGUCCGCGUAUAACGCAGCCUAUGUAACAAAAUAUCAAGAAUUGUUGGAUUAUGAGAGAGACCAUGGUUUUAAUGUUGUUGCUAAAGAAUCAGUUGAAGGAGCCCAACGAUUUAUGUCAGGAAUUGGUAGGCAUGGAACGACGCAUAAUUUAACUGAAAAGAAAUUACCUGAUUGGGAAGUUGAGGAAAAUAAAAUUGCACAAAAUCUCGAUAAAAAAAGCAAAUUAUAAAAAAAUCCUUUAUUUUUAAUAAACACAAAAAGAAAUACAGAUUUAUUCAACUUCAGAAA